UUAAAUCUUAGGAGAGAAUCUUUUCUGCUUUUUUUAUGGUAAAUGUUAUGCAAGAAGCAAGAACUUUGUGACCUUCAUCUCUUAAAUAACUUCAAAACUUUUUAUAUGCCCUAGUUUCGGAUUCUCAGUUUUCGGUAUCAGUAUCAUUAUUUUUUUUGCCCAAUCGAUGGAAUGACGCAACAGUGUAUUGAUGUCUGCGAAAUCAGUGGCUACAAAUUCGCGUUUUCAGAUAAAAUUCAAAGCUCUGAAAGUUAGGAGCUCCAAGACUAUCUGUGAAGAGCGUUUAGCAUGCCGAGGGAAAAAACCAUACGCUAUUUAUGAUUGUAAAUCUUGUGGUUCUCGACAGUGUCAAGAGUGUGAAGUUUUAUUGCAUGAAGAUUUCCGUUUAAAUUUGCAUGAUAGACAAUUAAUUAUUGGACCUCCUACCGAAGAUUUAUGUGAAGGGGAUUGUGAAGAUCAAAACUUUGCUGAUUUGACGUGUACUGUGUGUAAUCGCAAUUUUUGCCUCGUAUGUGAUCACAUAAAACAUUCUUCAGGCAAACAGAAUCAUUCCCGAAUAAAAUUCAACUCCCAAGCAGAAGAAUUUCUUUCUUGUGAGGACAUUCCAGAUGAUAUUUUACCACAUUUUAAUGAUGACCGUUUCGAUGUUGAACUCGAAGAUAUGCUUGCAUUAAAUGACAUGAUGUCCUUGAAUUCAACUUGCAAUGAUGCAUUACCUGAUUUAUUUCCAGAGCAUGAGAUAGAGUCUAAAUAUGGCUAUAACAAUAAUCAGAGAAAUUUACAAAAUUCUAAGAGCUUUCUUUUAAUAGAUGACAAGGAAUUGUUGCAGGUGAAUGAUACUGAAGAAUUUCUUGAAAAACUAGGUUGUGGGAAUAAAUGUUUGAAAGUUGUUUCUAUAUUCGGUAAUACCGGUGAUGGCAAAUCCUAUACUCUCAAUCAUACUUUUUUUGAAGGCAAAGAAAUAUUCCCAACUUCUGCUGCUCAAGAUUCUUGUACUGUUGGUGUAUGGGCAGCAUACUGCCCAACAAUGGAAAUCAUUGCUAUAGAUACUGAAGGAUUUUUAGGUCAAGCAUCAAAUCCGAACAAAAGAGCUAGAAUGUUAUUAAAAAUAUUGGCAAUAUCCGACAUAGUAGUUUAUAGAACACGGGCUGAACGCCUUCACAAUGAUAUGUUCUCAUUUCUUGGGGAUGCAUCGUCUGCAUACACAAGACAUUUUUCUCAAGAACUUGAAGAAGCUUGUACUAGAUGUAAUGUGGAUGGCCCCUUAUCUAUAUUAGGUCCUGCUGUGAUCAUCUUUCAUGAAACCCAGCAUACAGAAGUACUUUCAAAAAGUAAUAGCAAAGAACCAGAACUAUUUUUAAGAGAAAGAUUUCAAGAGCUAAAUUUAAAACUUGAUGCAUUCAGCAGUCUUCAGUAUUUAGGAACAUGCAGUAAUUCACAAACAACAGAUUUUGCUCAACUUCGGAAAAAGGUAGAAAAGCAUGUUAAGAAUUCAUCUGUUCGUGUUGCUAGGUCCCCAGGCAUCAUCUUUAAACUCUUGAAGGUUUUAAAUGAAAAAUUUUGUGGUAAAAUUGAUAAAACCAUUCCUAACACAUUUCCAGAUCAAUACUUUACGUGUUCUGCUUAUUGCAAGUCCUGCAAAUCUCGAUGUUUAAACAGUAUGAAUCAUGAUAAAGAAGGGAUCUCGCAUUUUUCAUCUAAAAAUUGCAUUUAUCAGCACCAAUAUGAAAAUAGAGUUUUUUUAUGUAAGAAUUGCUUUGAGCGAGGAGAGAAAAUUGAAGUCUAUCCACAGACGAAAGAAUCAAGUGAAUCUUCUUGGAUUGGAAUCGCAAAAUAUGCAUGGUCUGGAUAUGUAUUGGAGUGCGGUAAAUGUGGAGUGAUAUACCGAAGCAGGCAGUAUUGGUAUGGUAAUCAACAUCCUUGGGACACCUGUGUUAGAACUGAAAUCUGUCAUGUUUGGCCCGAACUUGACAGCAAAUCAAAUGAAAUAACAAAUACUGCUCAGUAUGUCAUAGACAAUUUAGCAACAGUUUCUGAUGUAGUCACAAAUAUAGGUGCUAAACCAACCAAGGUUAUCACUAGUUGGGUUGCUGAUCAGAUUGCUCCAUCGUAUUGGAUUCCAAAUUCAAGAAUAUCACAUUGUGGUCAAUGUGAAAAGGUUUUUGAAGAUUUGGAAACUAAGCAUCACUGUCGUGCCUGUGGCGGUGGGUUUUGUGAAAAUUGUGCAUCUAAAACUCGUAUUGUGCCAACUUGGGGCUCUUCUCCUGUUAGAGUGUGCGACAAAUGCUAUGAUGAAGUUCCCUUUUCAGAUAACUUCUCAAAUGCCCAAAGUUUACACAAUCCACCUGAAGUGACUGUUCGCAAAAUAGGUGAAGCUGUGCAUACUACAUUAGAAACAGUAGCAUCUGCUGUCAGUUUUCCCAUAGGAAUUAUAAAGGAUUCAGCUCGACCAACCUAUUGGGUUCCAGAUCACAUUCUGACGAAGUGUCAUGUUUGUAGUAAGCCUUUUGGCCCAAAAUUAUCCAAACAUCAUUGUCGUUCUUGUGGCGAAGGUGUUUGUGAUGAAUGUUCCACUUCACGAAAACCUGUUCCUGCAAGAGGAUGGAGUUAUGAUGUCAGAGUUUGCGAUACAUGCAUAAAAAACCCAGAAUUGGAUUAAACAGUUUCUGCAAAAAUCUUCAUUGCUACCUGAAGUUUUUUAAAAAAGAUUAUCUUGUAUCAUAGUAGAGUAUAUUUUAAACUGUGUGAGUUUAUGCUUGUGAUGAAACAAUUUCUCCUUUGAUGACAGGCACCUGCAAUGCAUAGAUUUCAUUCAGUAUGAAUUGUAUAAUUGUACAGAAUAUUACAUAGCAUGGUUUGUGCAUUUUAUCUAUUUUUAAAACUGAAAGAAAAAUUCAAAGAAUUGUAAAUAUUUUAAUUUUCUAUUACUUUUAUGACUUAUUUCUCACAUGAAUGCAAAUUAGAAUAUACAUCGUUCAAGAGAAAUAAAGUCAUUCUGAUUUGACUUUAAAGCGAAAAUUUCUAAAUUAUAUACGAAAAAAUCAUAAAUUAUGCAAAAUUUUUACAAUGAACCACUCAAUGGUUAGGCAGCCCUAGAAUCAAUUGUGACCGAAAUAUCUUAUUACUAUUUGCAGAGAUGGAUGAUUGAACACAGAAGGAUGUUCGCUAGUAUUAAGACUUUUAUUUAAAAAAAUAAUAAUGAAAAUGAACCAAAUUAAAUUAUGUUUAAGGAAAAAUAAAAUCAAGGUUUAUGAUAGAAUUAACUGUUGUAAUGUCAAAACUAUUCAAUAGCAAUGGCAAUUUAAUCUUUACUAAAAUGCUCUGAAAGUAAUAAUUUUCUGUGUCUAUUUGAGUAUGACCUUUUAAAUCAUUUAAUUGAAAUCAUGCAAUUAAAUAAUCUUCUCCGAAUCAUUCCUAACCCCUGAGAGAAAUAAUGAAGAAUGUGGGAAAUUUAGGAAACAUUCCUCAAGUUUCUUCGAGACAAUAAACUGUGGAAAAAUAUUUGACAUAACGAGGUUUUGAUUGAAAACUUUUUGACAUAAGAAUGAAAAAUGACAUUACGUAAAUGUGCAAAAUCAGGGGAAAAAAUAAUUUUCCAUCAUAUCAAGGUUUUCAAGAUAUAUAGAGUAUACUGUAUUUGAUUAUUUCCAGUUGACAGCUUAAUGAAGAAUCAUUUUUUUUUUUUAAUUUGGUGAAAUUCUCUAUAAAUUAACUUUAUUUUUAAAAAUCUGCAGUAUUUUCUUUAAAGUAAUAAAAAGGAUGUAAACUUUCAGUUAAAAUAAAUGAUUAUUAUAGUUGCUUGUAAUCUAGCUUCAAAGCAGCGGCAUAGCUAAAAUUUUGAGGUUGGUUCAUAACUAACCUUAUAUGUAUAAAUAUUUAUAUUUAUAUAUUAGGAUUUAAAAAAUAGCUUUGAACUAAGGUGACUUCUGGGGCUUAUGUUAAUGCCUCUGAUGAUAAAUCAAUUCUGCAACUUCCAAUUAUUAUAACUGUCAUUUAGUUAAAUUUUAAAAUAUCAAAUAUUAAAGUGUUAAUUUUGAGGAGAUUAUUUUAAUUUAAUGUGUGUCUAUUGGUGUAAAAAAAUUUAACUGCCUUUUAAUAGUUGUCAGCCUACAUUUUUGAAGGAAAAAAAAUCUGGUGGCUAAAUGAAUUAAAAUUACUGAUGUCAAACAUAUAUAAUGACGAAAAGAGGCAAAGUAUGCUGAAAUUAAUGAAAUGUGUGAAGUUUUUACCAAGAGUUACCAGCACAAGUAUUUUCUCCAUAAAUCAGGAUUUAUCAACUGGUUGUGGUACCUGUUGUGAACCAAGAGUGUUUGUCACAUAGUUUCUGCAUCUAGUAAAAUUUUUAAGAAAAUCUAAAAUGAAAAAAAAAAAGGUAAGAAGAGCAACUAGUUUUUUUUAUGAAUAUUGUGGGGUUACAAGUAAAAUACACUAUCAAGUAACCCUACCCAAAUGUGAAUCACCAAUUUAAAUAAAACUUUGCACGUCGAUAGAACAUUUAAAAAAAUCCCUAUGAACAGUAUUUAAAAAUUUGAAAAAAAAAAAAAAAAACCAGUAUAAACUAAUUGCAAGGAAUGGCCCUUACAAGCAGUAUUUUCAAUCGAUAUUUGAAUUUUUGUUAUUAAAAUUUAAAAUAAAAUAAGAUAUUGUACACUCUAAUAUCCCAAUUUUCCAAUAAAUUUCACCCCGUUAAAUGUGUUGGCUGCUGAUUAAAAAAAAAUAUGUGUUAAAUGUUUUUAAGUGUUCUACCAAUGUGCUAAGUUUUAUUCCGAUCGGUGAUUCACAUCUAGGUAGGGUUACUUGUAAGUCAUUUUCAAAUUUUCUUAGCCAUAUAACUAUAACUGCGAUAUUCUUACUGGUGGAAAUCAAUGAACCAUAUCGUUUUUUAUUAAGUAUUUUUGUUAUUAUUAUUUUCGAAGUUUGGCAAUUAUAAGUACUCUAGCCAAGUAAUUUUUACAGGUGAAACACACAAAUGAAAAAUAAUGUUUUUUGUUGUAGUAUGUGUUUAUGUUGUGUUAAAAUGUUCUCUAAACUAUGCGUAAAUGCAACGUAACAGACAAGAGAAUGAUCUUCAAAUGUAAAGAAUUUGGUGGCAGAUAUAGUUGUUAUAGAUUGAAAAAUCGGUUGCCAUUAAUUGCCAGCUUUGUUUCCCUAGUUUAACUGGUGCAGUCUUAUUAAGUUUUAUUUUUGAUUAAAAAUAUAAGAGCAUUGUGCAGUUCAAGGGUUGAUUAUUACAUUUAAGCAGAUUUGUCUCUUUUUAUGGUUGGUGAUGAAUUAAAAUUAUACAACAUCAGAUUUUUUACUUCUAAAUUGACAAUAAUUAUAAUGUUCUGCUUCAGUUCUUGUGUAAUAUUGCUUUUAAAACUAAAUAAAAGAAUUAUAUUGCAGUA